CCCUCUCAGCUCCUCCAAGAACAUCCAAAAUGGCCCCCAAGUCUUGCCCGGAGGCUGGAGAAGCCAAGGAAGAGGCUCUCCCAUCUCCGGUGGAUGGAGAGCCAGUCAGCAGCCACCUGGAGCCUCCGGCGGACACACCUGCAGACCUGGUGGCUCCCGCCAGCCGGAGGGACACCAAGCUCAGCUCCACACAAGUGGCCUCCGCCAAGAUGCCACUGGCCCCCGAGUCCCUGGAUCCCCACACACUGCGGCUGCUGUGGAGGCAGCGGGAACUGGAGAUCCAGGCCCUGCGGUCCCUCCAGAGCCAGCGGGAUGCCCGGCGCUCCCGCAUCCUGCGCGAGGUGGCUAGCCUUCCACCGGAGAGCUCUCACACCCAGGAGAAGCUCCUGCACGUGCAGGUCCAGAAGCUGACUCUGGAGCUAAAAGAGCAAAAGGAGCAGGCCCAGCUGGAGAAAAAGCAGGUGGAGGAGCAGCUGGAGCAGACCAAGACCGUGGUGCAGCACCUCGAGGCCGAGCUGGAGGCCUUGCACAAGUCCUGCCUGGUGACGCUGGCCAGCUCCUCCUGGGUGGGCCGCAUGCUGAGGUCAUCCACGGGCAGCGUGGAGGUGGUGACUGCGGAGACCCUGCUGGACCUCAGCGACGCCUCUGAACAUGAUGAUGGGAACGAGGGUUUCCGGCUGGAGGAUGUGGACUGGAACGCCAUCGCCCAUCGAUACCCCAACCUCUUGGCCAGCAUUCAUUCGAGCUCGGAAUUCAAGCGCACCUCACGCCGGCAGACCCCGCAGCUCCCGCCCGCCUCACCACCUGAAGAACGUGGCUCCGGGUUGGACAAACCUGAAGAGCGUGCCUCCAGGUUGGGCAAACUGCAUUCUGAACGCAAGAGCGUGGAGUGGAGCUCCCUGCCCUUGGUGGGCACCAGCAGCUCGGAGAGCUCGGCUCCGGACUCGGGCGGCCGCCUCCUCCGGAAGGUGACAGGGCGCCCGCCCCAGGCGCCAAGCCACAUCUCCUCGGAGCAGAUCCAGGUUCGGCCGGGCAGUUCCACCCGAGGCUCGCAGGACUCCCGGCCCCGGAGCUUCAUCGGGGACUCGCAGGUCUUCCGCACCAGGAGCUUGCUGAGGAUUUCCCAGGACUCCCGGCCCCGGAGCUCCCUCCGCAGCUCCACCAAGGACUCCAAGGCCGACUCUGAAGACCGGAUCGGCCCGGUGCGCAAGACCCGCGCAGUUUCCGACCAAUGGCCGCUGACGCACCCCUGGAGCCGGAAGGGCUCCUGCCUGAAGAUCGUGGCCGUGAACCUUCGCGAGAGGUACAUCCGCGUCCUCAACCUGUCGAUGGAGGAGACGGUGGACCUGGGGGGCUACACGCUGCAGCAGCUCGAGCACGACUUCCCCGUGUACUUGUACCGCUUCCCGCCGCACACGCUGCUGGCGCCGCACCACCACGUCACGGUCUGGGGCAAGGGGUCCGGCAGCGCCAAGAAGCCGCCGCCCUCGUCCGUGGGCCGGGCACCCCGCCACUUCCACCCCAGCCGAAGCUUCGUGACUUUGCUCCUGAGCCCCAAGGGCGAGGUCCUCAGCCAGUACCGGGCUCCGCACAGCGUGACCCCCGCCCCGAGGACCUUCGACGACAACACCAGCGUGUCCAUCGACCGCUUCCCGCUCCCGGAGGUCCCGCCUGGGGCCGGCUCUCAGGAGCAGGGGCGCCCGCCCCGAGCCCCGCGCCACCAUCGGGCGCCCAAGGCCCGGGCCCGGAGCCGCCGGAGGCAGAGGACACGGGCCCUGCUGCCGCGUCUGACCCCCAGCAAGCUCUUCAGCCCCCGGGAGGUGCCGGCGCCCCCCGAGCGCGCGGAGUCCAACGCGCGGGAGCCUCUGCCCGCCCUGCCCAGUGAGCAGGACGGGCCGGACCUCGCAGACUAUCAGGCAGGGAAGGAGCACAGGGUCCGGGUGUGCCGGAAGAGCGUGGACCGGGACUGCCCGAUCGUGGCGCUGUCGGUGCAGAGCAUGACCGAGAAAAGAUUCGGUUUCCGCCUCCUUAGCUGCCCGCCCGUUCCCGUCUACGCGUGUCGGCCGGUGUAGAGCCGGGCUGGGGCGGCCUCUCCGUGACUGUGGCGGCGGCGUGGGGCUGGGCGCCGGGGGGCCACGGGAGACAGCCGUGGGAGGCAGGCCGUGCCAGCUGCAUAAUUUAUUGAACCAACGUCGCCUACGAAGUAAACUGCAUUCUGUA